GGGGGGGGGAGGGGAAGGGAGGAAGCGAGAGAGGUGACUGUAGAGUGAUGGGACCCGGCUGAGGAGACAGCAGCGAGUGAUCACUCUCCGAGCUGGUAAUGACAGGCAGACAAAUGUGAAGGAUGACGUCCUGUGCAGACAUCUGUGGGUCAGAGUAUGGUGAACAAGCUCAAGCCAGCGGGAACUGCCAGCAAUAUGGAGUCCGCUCCUACCUACACCAGUUUUAUGAGGAGUGCACAGCUUCUAUCUGGGAACGUGACGAAGAUUUUCAGAUUCAGAGAUCGCCAAGCAGGUGGAGCUCUUUACUCUGGAAGGUCUGUCUCGCGUUCGGGACCCUGAUCUUGUUUGCGGGCCUCAUAGUUGUUCUGGUGGGUUACGCCACUCCACCCAGGAUCGAGGCGUUUGGGGAGGAUGAUCUACUUUUUGUUGACAGCCACGCUGUUAGUUUCAACCGUGCGCUGGACGUCUGCAAGCUGACUGGAGCGGUGCUGUUCUGUGUGGGAGGAACCUCCAUGGCUGUGGGUCUCCUGUUGUCUGCCUUCGCCAAAAGCUACUCCAAAGAAGAGCUAUACCUGCAGCAGAAGUUCAAGGAGAGGUUAGCGGAUCUGCACGCAACAGUCGGUACCCCCAUAAUGAGAGCACCGACCCCAGGCGAGGGCAAGGUGCCGGUCACACUCUCCAAAGUCCAGAACAUUCAGCCAACAACCACAAAGUCGGAGACCUGACAGAAGUCCAGAAGAAGACAUCAGCGUGGAUGAAAUGUAACCGGUGUGUGUGAACCGCGGGCGAGUGUGUGCGUGUGAGCGAACGUGUGUGUGUGCAUUUUCUCUUUUGAAAGGUCGGCUUACAUGACUCAUCGAGCUGCUUCUGCAUCUUCCUUCACCGUACUGUAUUUAAUUUGAAACUCUUAAGGUCACACACCGGAGGUUUAUUGAUGUUUAAUAGAGUCAAGGGUUGUGUUUUUACUUGAACAUCACUUUUAUGGAGCUUCUAUCUAACAAACGGGAAAAGUAAGCAAGCCCCAUAUCAACAGAAUAACGCCACUGAAGACUGUCAUUGUUUCACAUUUGUCCUGUGGCUUAUCAACCCAUAACCCGAUCAAACAUGCCUUCUUUAAAUUUCUAUACAGUCAAGCUGUGAGCAGUGAGAUUAGUCUUUUCAUGCCAGGAUUGUUAAAGGAUUCUUCAAUUCACUGAUGUGCUGUGUGAGUGCUCUGAAUGUCUUACCUCACAUUACAGUAAGUGUUGCUUACACGCAACAAGCCAAGGGAAGUCUCAAGCGUCACACAUUCACCUGGAGGCAGACACGAGCAUAAACAAGCUGAAUGCCAGACUUCACGCUGACAUUUCCCUCAGCCUUGUUAAGCGUCUGACCUGCUUUCCAUCAGUAAAUCUUCAGACAGGAUCAAUAGACAAGAGGCGAGAGAGUCAGAUGAAAGCUAGACUGAACCAGGCACAACAUGCAGAACAGCGUAGCCUUAAGUCCUUCACCUUCCUGCCUGUGUUCUUCCCUUUCCUCCUCCUCUCAUUCGGACAAAUAUGAGGAUGCGGGCGCGCGCUUGCACAUUGUUGCGCCAUUCAGUCCAGAGGUUGUCAGUUAUGAGACAGAAGGUGGUGGGGGAAAAAUAUGCAGGUCAAAAAAACAAAAAAGGAAACAAGGACAGAGCAAGGUGUGUGUGAGACGUGAGUCACGCGUGUGUUACAUCACGGGGAGAUGAGGGAGCACGCGCUGCUCUCCAGUGGCUUCACACCCGAUACAUCCUGUUUGGAGGCGCUCCUUGUUUUUGGUCUGCGAUGCUUUAGAUAUGAUAACUACAACUUCCUGUGGUUGCUCACAGGACGUAUGUUACGCUAAACCAAACAAUACUCAGCUUAUACGAUCAUUUUCGUCGACUCUGAUUUAACGAUACUCGUGUAAUAUGGAGCUGUGGUUCUCCAUUGUUUUUACAGCCUGUGUUCCCGUCCCACCUGCCGCUGUAUUAACCUGGUUAAUAUAUGUACAGCGGGGACAAACAGGCUGGCUGAGGCGGAUUAUUACAUGGAGAAGGUGAUACGGUGAUUAAUAAAUGCAUUCUCAGCCGGUGUCACCGCUCAGGUGUCGGGCCUCACGAUCACAGCGGCUCAGCAAAUGGAGAGAGGCUUCUCCAGUGAGGUGAAGCAAAGCAACACUGUUUUUAUUUGAUGUAAAACACGAUGUCAUGCGGUAAAAUUGAGAUAAAUUUCAUGUUAGUUUCGCACCAAAGGAGCAGUGCGUCAUUGUCAUCUGAUGUCGUCACAUUCACCACACUGUGUCACAAGAGACCAGUCUAACGUGUGAUGUUUAUAGCAGCCUGGAGUCAUUUAUUGGAGACUAACGUGCAUCCAGACAGUUCAAUUGUCUUCAAAUUCAUGGAGCAACAAUUCAACUUGUGAUUUUUCAUGUAAAAGAAUGAGUGGCUGUGACCAUGUAAGUUGACCUUUUAAUGUCACUGUCUACUGUCAUGCCUUGUCUUUCAUUAUUGUGUCUGUCCUCUGGAGACACACAACACAAACACGUAACUCAAACUGAUAUUUCAGACUAUUUCAAGGGACUCACUCAACCAUCGUUAAGCUGCAAACGUACAGAACAUGAAGAAAAGCUAAGCUAAACAAACCUCCCGGUGUGGUCACCCUGGUAGUAAGUGCUCAGUAACGUGACUUGUAGUUCCAUGCUGUGACUUGUAAGAUUUUAUGUUUUUCACUUUUUUUUUUAACUGACCAAAGCGUAUCAGCAUAUCAAUCCCCAAAUCCAUGAUAGGGUAAAACACUAACUGUCAUGACUCAAGGUACAGGUACAGUGUGUCUGUAUUGGGAGGUUGAAUUGGAUAAUGGACAACCACACUAUAUCAAAGUCUAUUUAUACAGCCUGUCUAUUUCACAAAGAACACAAUAAAUCUCAAAUAUCUGCAGCUCAAAAA